GGAGCGGGGGUGCCGGCCGCAGUCCGGAGUGUGAUGGCGGCGACGACUGUGGUGAAGGUGCCGGCUGCGGCCGCGGCCCCUGCCCCCGCCCCUGCCCCUGCUCCUGCUCCGGCUCCAGCUCCGGCCCUGACCCCGACGCCGACCCAGACCCAGACCCAGACCCCGGCCCCGGCCCCGGAGGAAGGCGCCUCUUCGGUACACUGGUUCCGCAAGGGGCUGCGGCUUCACGACAACCCCGCGCUGCAGGCGGCCCUGCGCGGGGCGCGCUGCGUGCGAUGCGUCUAUAUCCUCGACCCGUGGUUCGCGGCCUCGUCCUCGGUGGGCAUCAACCGCUGGAGGUUCCUUCUCCAGUCCCUGGAAGACUUGGACAUCAGCUUAAGGAAACUGAACUCUCGCCUCUUCGUAGUCCGAGGACAGCCAACUGAUGUGUUCCCAAGACUCUUCAAGGAAUGGGGUGUGACCCGUCUGACCUUUGAAUAUGACUCGGAGCCCUUUGGGAAGGAGCGAGAUGCAGCUAUUGUGAAGAUGGCCAAGGAGGCCGGCGUGGAGGUGGUAACAGAAAACUCACACACCCUCUAUGACCUGGACAGGAUCAUUGAGCUGAAUGGGCAGAAGCCACCCCUCACCUAUAAGCGCUUUCAGGCCAUUAUCAGCCGCAUGGAGCUGCCUAGAAAGCCUGUGAGCUGUGUGACGAGCCAGCAGAUGGAGCGAUGCCAAGCUGAAAUUCAGGAGAACCAUGAUGACACCUAUGGGGUACCUUCCCUGGAAGAACUAGGGUUCCCCACUGAUGGACUUGGCCCAGCUGUUUGGCAGGGAGGAGAGAUGGAAGCUCUGGCCCGACUGGACAAGCACCUGGAAAGGAAGGCCUGGGUCGCCAACUACGAGAGACCGAGGAUGAACGCCACCUCCCUGCUGGCCAGCCCCACGGGCCUCAGCCCCUAUCUGCGCUUUGGCUGCCUCUCCUGCCGGCUCUUCUACUACCGCCUCUGGGAACUGUAUAAGAAGGUCAAGAGGAAUAACACCCCGCCGCUGUCUCUGUAUGGGCAACUCCUUUGGCGAGAAUUUUUCUACACCGCGGCAACCAACAACCCCAAGUUUGACCGAAUGGAGGGGAACCCCAUCUGCAUCCAGAUCCCCUGGGACCGCAACCCGGAAGCCCUGGCCAAGUGGGCAGAGGGCAAGACCGGCUUCCCUUGGAUCGAUGCCAUCAUGACCCAGCUGCGGCAGGAGGGCUGGAUCCACCACCUGGCCAGGCACGCUGUGGCUUGCUUCCUGACCCGCGGAGACCUCUGGGUCAGCUGGGAGAGCGGGGUGCGGGUGUUUGAUGAGCUGCUCCUUGAUGCCGAUUUCAGCGUGAAUGCAGGCAGCUGGAUGUGGUUGUCCUGCAGCGCCUUCUUCCAACAGUUCUUCCACUGCUACUGCCCUGUGGGCUUUGGCCGCCGGACAGAUCCCAGCGGAGACUAUGUCAGGCGCUACCUACCCCAGCUGAAAGGAUUCCCCUCACGCUACAUUUACGAGCCCUGGAAUGCCCCCGAGUCUGUGCAGAAGGCAGCCAAGUGCAUCAUCGGGGUAGAUUACCCCAAGCCCAUUGUCAACCAUGCUGAGACCAGCCGGCUCAAUAUCGAGCGCAUGAAGCAGAUCUACCAGCAGCUUUCCCGCUACCGGGGCCUCUGUUUACUGGCCUCUGUCCCAUCCUGCAUGGAAGACCUCAGCAACCCCAUGGCAGAGACGAGUAUGGGCCAGGGCAGUGGUGUUAGCGGCACAGGCCCAAAGCCCCUGCCCUGCAGCCCAGCAUCCCCCAAACGCAAACUGGAGGCCGUGGAGGAGACUUCUGGAGAGGAGCACAGCAAACGAGCCCGCGUGAUGGCCGCGUUGCCUGUCCCAGACCUGGCUGGCAAAGUGUGAGAGUGUGAGACACCGGCUUGAGGUGUUGGGACAGGGGACAGGCUGCAGAGCUGAGCAGAUGCAGAAAGACGGGCACAGGGUGACCGCGAUGCCAGUAGACCACAGACUGCAGGGAAAGCAAGUCCCCUGAGAAGAGAGUGUAUGUGUGUGCCUGUGUGUGUGCCCACAUGUGGGGAGGAGCCAAGGAGGGGCGUGAUGUGAUGUGUGGUGGGGAGGAGGCCUCUUGGAGGCACCCUGGACUGCAGCUGUCCAGCCCCCCCACAAGCCCAGAGGUCGGGCCCCAGGAAGGGCCUCCAGAGCAGGUGACCUUGUCCUCCCCUUUGCUUGUAUCAGGGUGCUAGGUCUGUGCUUCUGCUCCCAUCAGGGCCAUGAUGCUGGCUAGGCCUUGUACUUGCCCAGCUUUGCCCAGACCCCAGCCCUCCAGUGCCAGGCCCUGCUGUCUGUGGUGGAGCCUGAGCAUCUCCUAGAUUAAGAGAGGCUGAAGCUCUCUCCUCCUCCAAGAGCAGGAGGGCUGAUUGGGCAUGGCAUCAUGCAGGGGGCUAUUGGAAGACCCCUUGGGAACCUGCCCCAGUCCACUUUGCCUUGCCCUGCUCCCCGAGGACUCAUUACCUCAGCUUGGGCAGCAGGUUGAAUUCUUCAUGGAGUUCUUGUGGUGGCCUCCCGCCCUUCUCCCACCCACCCCACCUACUGACCAGGGGCUGCCAGUCAGCCCCAGGGGGGUCAUCCCCUGCUGCCUUGGACACCAAGGCCUGGGAACUGGUCAGCGCGCUGGGAUGGCCAGGAAGAGUCAGCUGAGGGGAGGCCCAAAUUCCAGCGGGGUCCAGUGGCCUCCUGCUUCCAUCAUUGUCCCCCCUCUCCGCCCCUGUUUCUUCUUCCUCCCCUACAGGGGCGAAGGCCUGCCUUGGGCUGGGUCAGAAGCCAGGGUGGAAUAAAACUUGGAGUCAACUGAAGUAUAAUGUAACCACCUGGAAAAGUCUUCCUUCCCACUCCUGCCUCUCAUGGGGCUGCAGAAAGACUCUGUGUGUGUGUGUCUGUGUGUGUGUGUUUUCUGGGUUCUGUGACACUGACCUGGUCCCAGGGCCUUGUGUCUCUUCCAACCUCCCCAUAACCAGAAGCUGUGCAGCCUCCUUGGCUCCUAAUACUGUCCCCUUCUGGCCUUCUUGUCCUUCAUCCGCAGCUUUUCGCCACCUUCUUCCUGAAACUUCCCCCAACUCUUGUCCAAACCAUUGCUCAUUUUCUCUAGAAAUGCACUUUGUCCCAGAGGGGGUCAUGAGAGUAAAGGAGCAGUGGGAAGUGGGGCUUAGUAUAGACCAAGGCUCUACACUCCCUGCUGACUGGGGGCCACUGCUGCUGACGGGGCACAGACCGGUCUGAUGGUGUGCGAGAAGAUGGAGCAGCAGCCUCAGAGUGGGGGUCCGGGUCAGAUAACUCUGCUGGUUCCCUCUCCCCAUCUCAUUCGAUAGUUGUAACCCCCCCCAAAGAAAGCAAAACCCCUAGUCCUCUGCCCCCCACCCCCUCCUUAAUUUAUUGGUGCGUGUAGCCUGUCCCCAGUCUGCGCUGCUGAUGAAGCAGGAUGAGCCUUCUCCAGACCUGGAUUCACCCUCCCUCCCCUACCUUAGACUGGCCUCCAAGGCUCACUGCACCAAGAUUUUCCCCAGCUCGUUCUUCAGGGAACCCUGAGCAUUGACGGCAAUGGGCCCAGUGCCCUUUGCACAGAGACUUCAGAAGCUGCUCUCUGUUGUUGGAAAGGCAUGUUGUUUCUCCCGUGGUCUGCCUGUAAAAUGUAUUUUUGUUUUAUAAACGUCCGACCUUG